AAUAGAAUGUCGCGUCUCGAGUGGUUGUUACUCCUGGCGUGCACCGUCAGCAUUGGAGAUUUUGUAGAUGCCGCAGCUAGCCAAAUCCAGCGACGACGCAGACACAGCAGCAUAGCUGAGCCUACGACUCCAGAGGCUGAUAUUCCUGCCAACGAUUGGGGAUUGGGGCCAGAGCUGGCGCUGGUGCGUCGCGUCUAUGAUGAUUGUCAAGAAAGGAACGACUUCAUCGGCUGCCUGAAACAGAAGGCGCUGUAUGCUUUGUCACGAGCUCUGGACCAGGACUCGAUUAAAAUCGUGGAUGGCUUGGUUUUGGAGAAGCAGAACGUCAGCGAAUCCGAUAGCAUAAUAUCUUCUCUCACAGAUGCCAGGCAAUUCGGUAGUCUUUCGCCCCUUGACCGCGCUCUGCUCUCCAAGGCCGACAAACUAAUGCGUACCCAUGCGCUGAAGUUCGACAUGGAUCUGGACAUGGGCGUCGAAGGCGGCGUUGGUCGUGGGCACGGUCAUAAGAAAAAGAAGAGUAAGAAAGAUGGUGGACACAUAAAGUACGUGAUUGCUGCAUUGCUAACUGCGAUGGGAAUCGCAGGGCCAUUGGGCCUCAAGGCGCUGGCAGCAAUUGCUGGCAAGGCGCUGGUCAUCAGCAAAGUUGCACUGACGAUCGCUGGUAUUAUAGCACUUAAGAAACUGUUCUCCCACGAUCACAGCGAAGAAACCAGUUUCCAGGUACAUGCUGGGGAGCACAACAGGCGCAACACAUACGUCAUUCGACCAGUAUCCAAAGCAAAUUCGAAUGUAGGGGUAACGGCUGCCGGUGGAAGCUCCUCGGUUGAUCCAUAUCGCUACUACUACGAGUAUCAUCAGCAGUAGACCAAUAGCUUCCGUCCGAGUUGCCUGUGCAACUGCGGGUGUGUGUGUAUUGAUAUGUGCAAAGCAAAUGCAGCUAGACUACCAAAGAACAAGCCGAACCGAGCUGGACCGAUUGCAGCGAGCUUAAAACCUUCAACUACAUUGCGUUGUGUCCAGACUGGCGCCUUAUCUAUGUAUAUCAUAGCUUUAAGAAAUAGUGUAAAUUUAGACAAUUAAUGGUGCAGCCUACACAUCAUCAUCAAUUACCUUAUUGUUGUAGAUAUCCAAAGCAAUAAUUUAAAACUCCAGUUGAACUUGUUCAACUCCUUCAAACAAUGAAUAUUAAACACUUCUGCAUUAUUA